AUGGAGAGGAAGAAGAAGAAAUUAGACAUGGCGGUUCUGGAAAUAAUGGAGAGGAAGAAGAAGGUGGCGGUUCUGGAAAUAAUAGAGAGGAAGAAGGUGGCGGUUCUGGAAAUAAUGGAGAGGAAAAAGAAGAAAUUGGACUUGGCGCAACUGGAAAUGCAGAGGAUAAUGAGAUAG